AGUUCUUCCUCUUCUACUAGUGCUUCCUCCUCUUCUAGUUCUUCCUCUACUUCUAGUUCUUCCUCCUCUUCUGGUUCCUCCUCCUCUUCUAGUUCUCCUUCUUCUUCUAGUUCUUCCCCUUCUUCUAUUUUUUCAUCUUCUUCUUCCUCUUUCUCUGCUGUUUCCUCUUCUUCUAGUUUUUUCUCUUCUUCUUCCUCUUCUUCUAGUUCUUCAUCUUCUAGUUCUUCCUCCUUUUCUAGUUCUUCAUCUUCUCCUAGUUCUUCCUCCUUUUCUAGUUCUUCCUCUACUUCUAGUUCUUCCUCCUCUUCUAGUUCUUCAUCAUCUUCUAGUUUUUCCUCUUCUUCAAGUUCUUCAUCUUCAAGUUCUUCCUUCUAGUUCUUCCUUCUAGUUCUUCUUCCUCUUCUUCUAGUUCUUUCCUCCUCUUCUAGUUCUUCCUCUUCUUCUAGUUUUUUCCUCUUCUUCUAGUUCUUCCUCUUCUUCUAGUUCUUCCUCUUCUUCUAGUUCUACCUCUUCUUCUAGUUCUUUCUCCUCUUCUAGUUCUUCCUCUUCUUCUAGUUCUUCCUCCUCUUCUAGUUCUUCUUCUUCUUCUAGUUCUUCCUCCUCUUCUAGUUCCUCCUCCUCUUCUAGUUCUUCCUCUUCUUCUAGUUCUUCCUCUUCUUCUAGCUCCUCCUCCUCUUCUAGUUCUUCCUCCUCUUCUAGUUCUUCCUCCUCUUCUAGUUCUUCAUCUUCUUCUAGUUCUUCUUCUUCUUCUUCUUCUAGUUCUUCAUCUCCUUAUAGUUCUUCCUUUACUUCUAGUUCCUCCCCUUCCUUAGUACUUCAUCUUUUUCUAGUUUUUCUCUUCUCCUGGUUCCUCUUCCUCCUCUAGUUUUUCAUCUUCUUCUAUUUUUUCUUCUUCUUCUAGUUCUUCAUCGUCUUCUACUUCUUCCUCUUCUUCUAGUUCUUUAUCUUCUUCUACUGUCUCUUCUUCUUCUUCUAGUUUUUCCUCUUCUUGUUUCUCCUCUUCUAGUUCCUCUUCUUCUAGUUCUUCAUCUUCUUCUGGUUCUUCCUUUUCUUCUAGUUGUUCAUCUUCUUUUAGUUCUUCCUCCUCUUCUAGUUCUUCAGCUUCUUCAAGUUCUUCAUGUUCGUCUAGUUCCUCCUCCUCUUCUAGUUCUUCAUCUUCUUCUAGCUCUACCUCUUCUUCUAGUUCUUCAUCUUCUUCUGGUUCUUCCUCCUCUUCUAGUUCUUCAUCUUCUUCUUGUUCUUCCUCCUCUUCUAUUUCUUCCUCUACUUCUAGUUAUUCCGUUUCUUCUAAUUCCCCAUCUUCUAGUUCUUCCCCUUCUUCUAGUUUUUCAUCUUCUUCUUCCUCUUUCUCUAUUUCUUCAUCAUCUUCUAGUUCUUCAUCUUCCUCUAUUUCUUCAUCUUCUUCUAGUUAUUCC